CACACAAACAUUAACCAGACGUCAAUCACAAUCACUCGCCAUGGAUUUCGCCUCAAUCAUGGCCGCCGAGAUUUCAAAGAAGCGGAAGCCAGAGCCCACUUCGAAAUCGCCCGCAGAACCCGCCCCUAAAAAAUACAUGAAGCGCUCCGAAAUUGAAGCGCAGCGCCGCCGGGAAUACGAGGAAGAGCAAAAGCGCCUCGAGAAAGAACGACGCGAGAAAGCCGAGAGGAAACGACAGGAGGAAGAAGAAGAGCGCAGUCGCCGCGAGGCAACUAAGGCUAAACAAAGGCAGCUUGCGGAAGAAAAACGCCGUCGGAAGGAAGAGGAAACUCAACAGUUAGGGAAGGAGGGUCCGCUCGCAAAGGAGGGUUUGGACAGUUCAGAUGAAGCAAACAGUUCGGAGGCUAUGACGGAAGCUGAGGCGAUAGAGAAGUUACGAAGCAUGGGGGAACCUGCCUGUUUGUUUGCCGAAACACAUCCGCAAAAGGUCCGCCGCUUGAAGAGGCUUUUAGCAGCGCUGGAAAUAAAGAAUAGGGAGGCGACACCUCCGCUGUCGGAGGAGGAAAUGGUACUCAGUCCAGGCGAUAUUCUAGACGACAAAGAUAAGGUGUACCGGCAACUCGCAGCAUGGUUUGCAUUGGUUCUCUCGGAAUGGGAGAUUACACUUGAGAGCAGGUCGUCCGCGCUCAAAGACUCAUUCCAAGGCAAAGCGGCAGCAAACUCGAUGAUCCAGGCAAAGACGUAUAUGGUCCCACUAUUCCGCCACUUCAAACAAAGGGAUCUGCACGAAGAUAUAUACACGAAAGUCUGCGAAAUUGUGGUAGAAGCUCAGGCGAGAAGAUACGUUCGGGCAAACGACGUCUACCUAAGAUUGAGUAUCGGAAACGCUGCUUGGCCCAUUGGCGUUACCAUGGUUGGUAUCCACGAACGUUCCGCACGCGAGAAGCUUCAUGAGAAAGGAUUAGCAGCACACAUCAUGAGCGACGAGGUUACGAGAAAAUUUCUUCAGAGCAUCAAGAGAUGCCUGAGCUUUUGUCAGACUAGAUGGCCUCCGGAGGACCCAUUACAGCUUAUGGGAUAG